GCUUGCCUGCGACCUUGUAGAACAGGAUAAAGCGGCUAGAGAUGAGAUGAGAUGAGAUGAGAUAAUAGACAGAAAACAAGGAACAGAAAUGAGACAUCAACAUCUUUCCAGCUGAGCUGUGUGGGGUUUUCUUUAUUUCUAUAUAAAGUGACCCUGAUUUUGAAGAAUCAUCAGAUACUAUAUGAUAUCUGAGAUCUGAACUCGUUUAUUUGGAUAAAAUGGGGCAGAGAACUAUUGGUAUGAUACACCUCUAUUUUAUGCUUCUGCUGAUCUUUGAAGCCAUUUCUGUUUGUGACAAGAAACCUAAGAAAAGCGAGUGCAACUGUAAGAAAAACAAACAAAAGCCACCCACUUCACACAUCAAGGAAGAGAAGCACAACAUCGCAAAGCACCUCAGCUUACAAUUUACAGGGCCAAGCAAAACCUAUGAGCAAGAGAACUUUAAAAUGACUGUAGUGAAGAUGGAUAAAAAUAACAUCAUGGCUCAAAGACAUAUGAAGAGCUCUGCUCCAAAGCUGUGUGAUGAUGAUCCACCCAUAGAUGUAUUUGUUCCUCUGGAUAAAAAUAACAUCACGGCUCAAAGACAUACGAAGAGCUCUGCUCCAAAGCUGUGUGAUGAUGAUCCACCCAUAGAUGUAUUUGUUCCUCUGGAUAAAAAUAACAUCAGGGCUCAAAGACAUACGAAGAGCUCUGCUCCAAAGCUGUGUGAUGAUGAUCCACCCAUAGAUGUAUUUGUUCCUCUGGAUAAAAAUAACAUCACGGCUCAAAGACAUACGAAGAGCUCUGCUCCAAAGCUGUGUGAUGAUGAUCCACCCAUAGAUGUAUUUGUUCCUCUGGAUAAAAAUAACAUCACGGCUCAAAGACAUACGAAGAGCUCUGCUCCAAAGCUGUGUGAUGAUGAUCCACCCAUAGAUGUAUUUGUUCCUCUGGAACUUUCUCCGAAUGUCUCAGAAUACCAGUGCAACGUUGGUGUCCUGAGAUAUUGCUCUCCUCAACAGUUUAUAAAUAACCUGAACACUGUGUUGAAAUCUGACGUCAUUCGUGUUGAAACUGACAACUGUAAGAUCAAAGGCUUGUCCGAUCUACUUAUCAACUUUACAGUGAACAGUAGUGAAAUAAUACCCGAAAACCAUAAUCUGUCAUGUCAGUUCUAUAAUGAAACAGAUGACAGGUGGGAUGAUACAGGUUCUUUCACCAACCUGGAGAAUUUUAAAAGCAGCAAUAUCAUAACAUGCUCAUAUGAUCAUAUGACUCCCUUCGCUGUACUUCUGGUUGACAUGAAUCAGACACCAACUGAUCGUGUGCAGUGGAAAAUUCUGUCCUAUAUUACUUACAUAGGUUGUAGUUUUUCGUCAUUUUUCUCAGCAGUCACCAUCUUCCUCUACAUUUUCAUGAAGAGCUCAAACAGAGAGCAUUCCAUUGGUAUCCAUGUUUCUCUGAGUGUAGCGCAUUUACUUCUUAACUUCAGCUUCCUGUUCACUGAAUGGGGAGCCACAUGGUCUCAAGAAGGUGCAUGUGUCUUCAUAGCAGUGAUAAUACAGUACAGCCUCCUGUCCUGUUUCUCCUGGAUGGCCAUUGAAGCCAUACACUUGUACUUACUUCUAAUCAAAGUGUUCAACACCUACAUCAAGCAGUACAUGGUCAAGCUGUCACUGUUUGGAUGGGGAGUGCCUGCUGUCCUUGUUGGAGGAAGUCUGUGUGUGUUUGGUAGUAACCCUUUUUACGGUACCACACAAAUAAAAUUAUCAGACACAAACGAAACAAUGCAAUUCUGCUGGAUUACUGACUCUCACUUUCUGUAUGGUAUGAACAUCACCUGCUUCUGCUUAAUGUUCCUGUUCAAUGCAUGCGUUCUGGUGGCAGUGACAAGUCAGAUCUUUAAGCUGCGAAGCUUGAAUGAUAAAGACAGGAAGCUUCCAUCUCAUAAGGACAUUUGCACUGUCCUGGGCCUGACCUUCCUGUUGGGAAUGACAUGGGGGUUGGUUUUCUUCACCUCAGGAUACACAAACUAUCCCGUUCUUUAUCUCUUCUGUAUCUUCAACUCCCUGCAAGGGUUGUUUCUCUUUCUGUGGUUCUACGGUACAAUGAAGAGGAGCAGACGUCUGGAGGCACAAACUUCAACCAUGUCAGCAGCAAACAGUAAUACAGCAACUGCCUAUGAAAGCAGCUUUGCCCAGUGACCACGUCAUUUAGUGGUGAUACAUCAUAUACUGAUUUUAUAUCUAUCUAUCUAUCUAUCUAUCUAUCUAUCUAUCUAUCUAUCUAUCUAUCUAUCUAUCUAUCUAUCUAUCUAUCUAUCUAUCUAUCUAUCUAUCUAUAAGGCAAGUACUGUGACAAGUUAUACAAGUGAUCACAUGAUUUAAAAUCUGGUUAAUCACUUCACAAGUUUCAUAAUCAGUCACACAGUUCACUUUUUUCAUGCUGAGCAACUGAGUUCCCUAUUGUCAUUACAAAAGUAAAUGUACAUUGUUUUUGAGAAACUAUACUGUGCAUCUAAUACGUAUAAUGGUCCAGUACACUUUUGACUGAGUAAUUAUUAAUUCAGCUUCAGCUCUACUCCUGACUACAGUGAUCUGAUCUGACAUUUUGGAAUUCCAUAUAAACCCAUUGCCCUUAUCCUUUAACGAGCAGAAAUGUCUGUAAAUGUCUGUUUGUAAUCACAUUGUAUAUGAUUAUUUUAUAUGUUGAUUAUGCAGCUCUCUUAUACUAUAUUAAUCUGAUAUUCUGUGGAAUUAAUGUUGUUAGCGUUUUCAUUUGUCAUGUUCAUUUCCUAUGCAUGCAGCUUUACUUCCUCCUGAGUUUCUGCUUUUUUGUGUUCCUCAAAAUAAUACCUGCUUUCUUUAUUUGCUAUAACCUUUUGUGUAAAUAAAAUGGUACCAUGUAA